GGGUAGACCACCGCCAGUCAGAGUCGUUCCUCGGAGUUGUCGUCAGAAUCUAGAGAAAUGGAUCGGUGGGUUGGAAAAGUCGCCCUGGUGACGGGUGCCAGUUCGGGGAUCGGCGCCGGGGUCACCGAGGCCCUGGCGAAGGCGGGUCUCAAGGUGGUGGCCGCGGCCAGGAGAGAGGACCGUCUUCGGGAGCUCCAGGCCAAAGUCAAGGGCUCCAAGGGGGCGAUCUACCCCAAGAAGUGCGACGUCUCGAAGGAGGAAGACGUCCUGGAGAUCUUCCGGUGGAUCGAGAAGGAACUUGGAGGCGUCGACCUGGUUGUCAACAAUGCCGGAGUCCUCUACUCCGACACCAUAGAGGAAUCCUCCACGGAGAAAUUCCGCCAGAUUCUGGGAGUGAACGUCCUGGGCACCGCCACCUGCUGCAGGGAAGCCAUCCGCUCCCUGAAGAAGAGGGACGUGGAGGGGCAGAUUAUUAACGUCAACAGCAUCGCCGGGCACUACGCUCAGGCCCUCUUCGAUCCGCUCUCCAUCUAUCCCGCGAGCAAGUACGCGAUUACUGGCAUGACGGCCUCCCUUAUCAACGAGCUCGCUCUACAAAAGUCGAAGAUCAAAGUCACAAGUAUCAGUCCUGGAGCCGUGUACACCGACAUGAUCAAGAACGCCGGAUUCUCCGGUAACAUCUUCUCUCGAUAUCCAAUCCUGGAAGCCCAGGAGGUCGUCGACGCCAUCCUCUACGUCGUCUCGACGCCUCCGAACGUUCAGAUCACGGAAUUGACGCUCACGGGCCUUAAGUACUUGGCUUGAAAAAAAUCAACGAAAGACCACUACGAGGUCUUAUCCCGACGUAUGGUGACUGUUAAUUUAUUAAUAAUCUAAAACUAAUAAAACGCGACGUUACUGCCAA